AUGGGAAAUAAAAGCAAUAAAGUGUCCGAAGAAGGCCAUCGCAAUAAAGAGGAUAAGAGUCUGUACUUAUCCAGUGAUAAAUUUGAAUUUUAUCCGGAGAGGUUUAUGCCGGAGAAUAGGGACCAAUUGGUUCCAUACACUUACCUACCAUUUGGUUUGGGGCCCAGAAAUUGUGUGGGAAUGAGGUUCUCGUUAAUGGAGGUCAAGACAGCGGUCGCCCAUUUGGUCAAUAAAUUUAUUUUCGUCAAAACGCCGGCAACGAAACCAUUGACUAAUGAUAUGAUGAAAAAAUUGCAUUUAAUUGUAAAUUACGGUGAUUUGAAAGUGGGCAUUGAGCUAAGGACCCCCACAUUCAUGGGACGAGAGCCUGCACUGACAGUAGCCGAUCCAGAAUUGGUGAAAGAUAUUAUGAUUAAAGACUUCAAUGUCUUUAUUAAUCGACGAGAUAUGGGAUCUAUGGAUGAAAUACUGGAUCACGCGUUGACUGUUGUUAAAGACGAUGACUGGAAGAGACUUCGAUCUAUUCUGGAAAAGGCGGCCAAAGAUGAGAAGGAGAUUGAAAUGAAGGAAUUGAUGGGAAACUAUACGAUGGAUGACUAG